UGUUGUUACUAGGCAACUGUUCCCGCUUCUAGCUAUUAUUUUGAAGAUCCCCGUGGUCUCCCCGGGACUUCUGACGUCACCGUUCCUCACUUCAUGUGCCAUUCUAUUUGACAACAGGAGCUCGGUGUGCCCGGAUCCGGGAGUAGUGCUGCUGAGCAUCUUUGCUGGACUCUCGUCAAUACCUCUUGGUCUGUUGAUUUUGCCAUACAUAUAGUGUUGUUUCAUCUGCCGUAUUUUCUCCUGUGUUGUCCAUAAGGGGAGUUUGCGUUGGAAGCGAGUGAUGAGAGAUACUGUAGUGUGUUAAUGUGAGAGCGUCGAAGCAGCUGUCAACACCGCAGUCGCCGUGACGAGGGGACACACGAGUAUAUAGCAGUAGCUUAUCGAUUGUAGAUCAAACUCACAGCAAAAUAUACUACAAUCAAAACAAUGCAGUCUUAUUGGUCAUUUAUGGUUUGUUAGAUAAACAAUACCCCAGUGUUGUACGGCAGUGGUUUUACGAACGGAACUAAUUUCUACCGAGAGGUGAGCUGAUGAUCAUCAUGGACAAGGAUGGACACUGGAUAUCUGACAGUUGACUAGUACGACAGGAUGACCAUUUGAUCAUUAUUCCCAGGGGACAUCUACUGCGGCCUGUAGAUGAGGAUGGUGUCGGCUGUCGUUCUGGGUAUUGUCUGCGGGGUCACAGGGGUCAUCGUCGCCACCGUCAUCGUGGUUAUAUGUCGUCUGUACAGACGAAAAUAUCGUCACCGAACAUGUGUUCCACCAUGUGGCUACGACGCUGUUGGGGACUACAAACCACCUUCGUUGAUGUCAAUAUCAUCAGGAUCCCAGGACGUACAGCUGACAAAAGAACACCGGGCCAUCCAGCCGAGGUCAACAUCCAUUACCUCGCGGACGAGUAUCUCUACCAUGUCCCGCGGAAGCAUAAGGAGUGAUACACUCACGGAGGAAACGAGCAGUAUCAGUGCGCGCAGUGACACGAGCGUGGACAGUUGUAUAUUUGACCCCUCGUUUGGUGCGAUCCGUCCCGACCUGUACCCGCGGAAGGAUGCUGUCCUGCAGCAGUCAUCGGUGGACCAGAACCUCGGGCGGCUUCAUAUACGUCUGAAGUACGACUUCCGAACGUCGGACAUUAUCAUUCAUCUCAUCGAGGCUCAAGACUUAAUAUCGACCGAUCAAAAAGACUCAGAGGGAGGUAGCUUCGGAGAUCCCUAUGUGCGGUUAGCCAUUCUACCUGAAGUGGAUGAGCGAAUCCGCCAAUCGUCUGUCAAACGGAAAACGUGUAAUCCAUUCUAUAACGAAUAUUUCAAAUUCCCGCUGACAAUAGAUGACGUCAGGGACAAGACUUUAGUGUUUCACAUUUACGAUUAUGAUAAAUUUUCACGGCACAAGAUCAUUGGCGAAGUGCAAGUAGAUCUCCGUAAAGUGGACGUGACCAACAGCGUGGAGAUGUGGUGUGACAUCCUCAAACACCACAAGUGUACCGGUGGAGAUUACGGUGAGGUACUUCUGUCUCUCAGCUAUCUUCCCACAGCAGAGAGGCUCACCGUUGUUGUCAUGAAAGCAAAAGAUCUGCGCAUGACCGGUGUUGCUGGUUCUUCCGAUACCUACAUCCGGGUAAGUCUGACAGUUGAGGGCAAGAAGGUGAAAAGGAAGAAGACUACAGUCAAGCGUAACACGACAUGCCCAGUCUGGAACGAGGCUCUCGCUUUCAAUGUUCCCGCCGAAUUACUGCCGAAAGUGAGCCUGGAGGUUGCCGUUAUGGAUCAUCAUGACCUCAUAGGACAUGGCGACAUUGUAGGCAGGUGCCUGAUUGGACCGGAUAAGGAGGAUCAGGAGGGAAAGCAUUGGAACGACAUGAUGCAAAAUCACCGGAAGUCGAUGGCAAUGUGGCACCAUCUUCAUAAAAGAUGAAAGCAUCGAGGUUAUACUGACGUUCCCUACAAUAUUUUCGUCGAUCCUAAAGGCAUUAAGUGUUCCUUGGAAUAUCAUUAACCGAGGAUGGAAGAUACGCUAAUGAUUUUUGCGGCACCAUAAUUAAACUUUUCUUCUUUAAGACAGAAAUGGGGAAGCAAGACAAUAUUUUUUAUUUAUAGAAACAAUAUCACGUGAUCGAGUCUUGUUAAACUAGUCACAAAAUGUUUCCUUUGAGAACUGUUAAAGGAUUGUGCUGUAAAUAUUUGCCCCUUGUCAUGUUGAUUUGAACAAUGAAUCCAGGAUUGGCGUAUGUGCUGUCUUAUGUCAGUUCAAUGUAUACGUAGUCUGUGGCUGGAGCAUUUCCUAGGAACGUAAACUGCGAUGCGACUGUGAACAUAGGAUUAUGCCUUCUCUUUAAACAAGUAUAUCUGAUAAUCCGAACAGCUCUUUGCCUGUAUAUCGUGAAAAAGGUUUAUUUUUUAUUCAAAUGUUUUGUUUCAGUAACUAAGAUAGUACUUACAAUUUACAUGUAUUUGGCCUAUUUCUAGCCAAACUACUGUAAGUGUAUGUUGAUGGACAGACAUAGGGCAUUUCAUGUUAAAUGAAGGUAUUUGUGUAUCACGCGAAUCAAAUUUUCAGAAUGUGAAAAUUGUAAUGAAUAUAUUUUCAAUAAAUACAAAAAUGUUUUGCUGGUGGUUAAAGAAAUGACGUUAUGGUCGGUAAAUAUAUUUAAAGACAAUAAAACAUGGU